GGCGUGUAGUUUUUGAGGUAGUAUCUAAAGGUUUUAGAUGGAUGGUGGCUCUGGGAUACCACCUAGUACUUUGAGUCUGAUCUGAUGCAGGAGCUCUCUUGAAAGAAGUGAGGCUGAUGGGAAAAAGUCCCGUGGCAUUUCUCAUCUGUGUUGGCGCAUGCCUGAGCAGUAGGUAGUAGACAAGCCCACAAACAUUGCCCAGGUACAUACAUAGAUGAGUACAUCGCACGCUGAAAUCUUCUUGGAACGCCAACCUUGGCACAGCUUGUAUAAUUCAAGAGCUCCCGAGCUGUAUGCAAACUAGUCGAAAUUGGGGCGGGCCCUGCAGAACACGCAUGCGCAUAUGGCUCUCCCAUCCAACACCGUUCAUGCCAAGGCCAGCUCCCGAUGGCCGGCAUGGCCUCUUAAAGGGCAGGGGUUGGAUUCCAUUCCACAUGCACCUUAACACAUGCACCUUAAGUAUCAGUUCCCGAAGACUGAAAGUUCGCGUAGUGAAGGGUAGCCUUUACCCUUCCCUUGGAUUGUACUUUCCUAGAGGCUACAGAAUACCCAGAGCAGAGAUGUACUUCAUAGCACAAAUUCGAUAUCCGCCGGUUCGCGAGACCGAGGCAGUCGAGCGUUAUUCUCGACUUGCAAAGAAUUACCAAUCGAGUAUGACUUCUGCCAGAGUACAUCACACGUUGAAUGCUGCUGUAGCUUUAUCGAAACGAACGGAAGCCGAACUGCAUGUAUAUGACUUCUUAUGGACGCUUACCUUCAACCUGAUUCCAUGAUUGGUCAUCAAGGGUCAAUGUCACGAAGGCCUGUCACGCAAACUGCUUGGAGCUGGACCGAUCUGUGUAGCUGAUCUCGCUUUGCCAC